AUGCUGCCCAUCGCCACUGUAUUUGACGGCGUGGCCAGUCAGUAUCCCGAAGCCGUUGCCGUACAGUUCGAGAAAUGGGACUUCUGGACGUACGUACAGCUUCAAAAGGCUUCCGUCCAGAUUGCCAAAGCGUUGGGCGGACUGAUCGCUCAUGGUCAGCAAGUCGCCGUGCUCCUGCCUCGGUCCCCAGCUCAGAUCGCGGCAAUCCUCGCCAUUCUUCGACUGGGGGGACAAGAUGCCCUCCUGCCGCCAAAUGUGGAUCGAGCCUGGCUCAUCCCGAACAGCCCGGAGAAGGCCAUCCAGGUCCUCUGCCGCAUAAUUGAACGUCGACGCUACUUUGAGAGCAACGGGGAUAUCGACGCGGACGAAGUUGCUGCUGCUGUGUUCUUCACUUCCGGUAGCACCGGUUUGCCAAAAGGGGUCAGGCUCACCCACCAGAAUCUCCUCUGGCCCGCGCAGACGGUGGCCGACCAGAUGCAUAUUACAGUAGCAUCUAGGGUACCGCAGUUCUAUCAGUGCUCCUUUGAUGCUCACCUGAUCGACAUCCUAAGCACCAUCCUAUAUGGCCGCUGCUUGCUCCAGGUCUCCCAGGAGAAUCUCAUGAGUGAUCUUACCGGCUGGAUCAGGCGAAUGAACCCCAAUACGGCACACUUUACGCCCAGUACUAUCUCUAUAUUGGAUUCAUCCAGGGUGCCUUCGAUCAAGAGACUUGUGACCCCGGGCGAGCCGAUAUCUCAGGACCUCAUCGACCGUUGGGUUGACCGGGUGGAGCUGAUGAAUCUAUAUGGCUUACUAAGGCAUUUCAGUCGCGCCGCGAAUUCACCUAGUUAUCUAUGCUAUGCUAACUAA